GAGCAGUUCCCCUGAAUGCUUUGACUAUAGUGUCCCUGCUCUCUCCCUCUCCCUCUUGUCUGCUCAGUGACUGGUCUGUCAGCUUCUGCUGGGAGAUGAGCAAGAGGUGGAUAUAAAUAUCGUGGUCAGUGGUAAAGUGCUAUGGCUGAGCUGUUGGAGAAGAUCAACACUUCAGACAAGUCCCCAGCAGCUAACGACAAGUUGAGAUCAAGUUCGAAUAAACUUUGCUCGAGUCAACCCCCUUUUAGAGAAGACUCCAUGCAAGCUAAGAAAACCCCACCUCCUUUUGAGCUAAGCAGUUGGUUUCUUUGAUCUAAGUAUAAGUGGAGCUGGAGUUGAGGUAUUUUUAGAGCAAUUGACUCCUUAAACCACGUGUGCCCACGUUGAUCAGGAUGACUGUUCAAUCGGCGCUCGUGCCAAUCCUACUCUUGGUGCUGGUUUCGGGGAUGGUACACUGCAUGCCGCGAUUAUCUCCCCAACGAAAUGACACCCUGGAGCGACGCUGGGAGAAACUCUACUCUAAGCAAAUGGCUAGGAUGCCGGGAGAGAGAAAAGAUGCAAACCGGGAAGGUGACUAUUUGCUGGGCAUCAAGCGCUUGCGACGACUUUACUGCAACGUGGGCAUCGGAUUUCAUAUUCAAGUUUUGCCAGAUGGAAAAAUAAAUGGGAUGCACAAUGAAAAUAAAUACAGUUUGUUGGAAAUCUCACCUGUGGAAGUCGGAGUGGUGAGCCUGUAUGGUGUUAAUAGUGGACUAUUUGUUGCCAUGAAUGGAAAAGGAAAGCUAUAUGGAUCAAAACAAUUCACAGAUGAUUGCAAAUUCAAAGAGACACUUCUCCCAAAUAACUACAAUGCCUACGAAUCAAGACGAUACCCUGGAAUGUACAUCGCUCUAAACAAAAAUGGAAGGACAAAAAAGGGGAACAGAGUUUCCCCCACAAUGACACUGACGCAUUUUCUGCCUCGGAUUUGACGACAUUUUUCCCCCCGAGGACUCCUGGGAACAGGCUGUGGGGAAAGAACUUGGUGCACUUUGAAGACAGUUAAAUGCAAGAGCUGAUGUAACAUAUUUAACUUAAUAAUUUAAGUCUGUAUA